AUGUCACCAUAUUUAAUAAUACAUUUAAUUGUUUUUUUUACUAUAAUGAAUAGUGUUGAUAAUAAACUAGAAUCAGAACACUUAACGAUGUCGGAGAAGGAUUUCUAUGCGAUACUUGAUGUGACAAAAACGGCGACUGACGACGAGUUAAAGAAAGCGUACAAGAAAAAGGCGUUAAAAUAUCACCCUGACAGAGUGGCGCAAGACAAAGAGUCACAAGAAAGUGCCAAAUUGAAGUUCCAAGAGAUUUCCGAGGCGUACAGUGUCCUCUCCGACAAAGACAAACGAGGGUUAUAUGACCGUUAUGGCAUGGCGGGCCUUUCUCCGCAGACUCGUUCGCCGUUUUCACAUAGCCCUGGGGCUGGCGAUUUCCCAUUCCGCUUUGGUCAAAGAGGGGGAGACGCUUUUUCAUUUUUUGAAGAGGUUUUUGGCUCAUCGUUUCGCGAGUUUUCACGACGCAAGAGGAAACUUGCCGACACGAAUGUGUCUCUCAACAUGACACUUGAGGAGCUGUAUAAUGGCAAAAAGGGUGACUUUUCUGUUUACGUUGACACGUGGGAAGGGGGCUGGAAAAAUUCCAUGAAAAAGACGAUACGAGUUGAAGUCCCAGCUGGUUUGAAGAAUGGGACGAAGCUGCGUUAUGAGGGGAUGGGGAGUGAGCGACCCGGAUUUGAAACGGGAGACAUUGUGUUUACUCUUUGUGUACUCAAGCACGACCGGUUCACGCUUUCUGGAAAGGAUUUAGAAAUGAACUUAGCAGUGAGCCUUGACGAGUAUUUGUCAGAAACGUUUCGACGCGCCAUCAAAGGAAUUGAUGGGAAGACAUAUGACACGACGUUUGAGAAUUUGUACACAACGGAUGGGUCUGAAGUGCUCCGGGGGUUAGGGAUGAGAGAUACCAAUGGACUUUGUGGCAAUUUAGUUGUGAAAUUUGUCGUGAAAUACCCUGUCACCCUUUCAAAUAGGCAAAUUGAGCAACUCCAAACCAUUUUGUGA